AUGACUCCUCUUCAGAUACCUCGCCAUGUAGACGUUAUAGACGGAAGGCCUAUUAAAUCAGGGAAAAUUACUCAUAUUGUCGAUGUCUCGCUAGACAUUCAUGGUCAUCGGGAAACUGCACCAUGUUUUGUGACGAAGUUAGGACACUACCCGAUUGUGAUGGGGAUACCUUGGAUACGACGUCAUGAUGUUACGAUUCGACCAAAGGAAAAUCUACUUGUUUUUGACUCUCGGAACUGUUGUCAACACUGUUCACUUAGUGGAACUGCAGUUAUUGUUCAUGGUAUCUCGAUUCCUUUACCGAAACACCAUACAGUCAUCGUUUCAGCAACUGAAAAAUCUACCAUCGACAUUGAAGAGCUAGUACCGAAGGAGUUUCACCAUCGUCUACAUAUGUUCAAGGAAUAUGAUACUUCAGUCCUUCCACCACAUCGGCCAUCCCAUGAUAUUGAAAUAGUUUUAGAAGAAGGCAAAUGA